UUGCAUCAACACCAUUACAAUCAAUCCGUUCAUUUCAUCUCUCCCAGCCCGAAUCGCGAAAACUCGAAUGCGGUGGAAAGAUGCUAGAUUUCUUUUCCACAAGAAAAAUGUGAGUGUCCCAUCAAAAAUGUGAAAAGUAAACAGUGAAAUCUAAUCGGCAAUAUUGUGAUACGGUAUGCUAAACGAGCCACAAUGACACGAACAAAAGAAAAACUCCUCCAUGAUAAACCGAUCAACACGUAUUACCACCACAAAUCCCACCAGACGACGCUGCUCAAAGGCUUGAACACCCUUUGGGAGAAAGGCGAGCUUCUGGACGUCACUCUGAUCAUAGAAGGCCAGGUUUUUAAGGCACACAAAGUCGUUUUAUCCGCCUGUAGUGAUUAUUUUCGUGCCAUGUUCACAAACAACAUGUUGGAGUCGCGACAAGACGAGAUUUGUUUGAAUGGGAUCACCGCUGCUGGGUUCCACCAGCUGCUAGAUUACGCUUACACGUCUAGAAUUAUGCUAAAUUUGGGGAAUAUACAGGAUGUGUUGGAGGCGGCGUCGCACGUCCAGAUGGAACCCGUAAUCCAAGCGUGCUCCAAGUACUUAUUGUCGCAGAUAGACAUCGAUAAUUGUAUCGAUAUAGCGACUAUCGCUGAAACUUACUCGUUGGAGAAGUUGCGCUUGAUGGUGUAUAGGUUCAUGAGUGAGCAUUUGUUGGAGUUUUCAAACUCCAAGGAGUUUUAUAGACUGAGUCCGCAACAACUGGAGAAUCUUUUGGCUUUGGAUUUUCCAGUGGAUUGUUCGGAAGCGGACGUGCUGCGGAUCGUCCUCGCCUGGUUCUUCCACGUAGACAACUCCAAGCGCGACCUCCGCGUGUCCUACGCCAUGCGCAUCAUCCACUACGUCCAUUUCCAGGAGAUCUCCCGCCGCAAACUCGAGAGCAUCGUCAGCAAAAUCUUCCACGACCGCACCAGCGAGUGGGACCUCUACAAAGUCGUACUAUCCGAAGCCUACCUCCAAACCAACGCCGACAAAGUCACCGCCACCCCCAACCUGCUAAACUCCCGCGGGAUGGAGCUAGCAGUCCUCAAAAUCGGCGGUUUCGGGAUCAGUGGAAUCACCAACGAAAUCACUUAUUGUUUCUCAAGUGAAAGAAAAUGGAAACAUUUGACCACAAUCCCCCAUUUAGAACAAUGCAACUUCGGGACUGCGGUCCUCAACAACGAACUUUACAUAGUAGGGGGUUGCUUUAACCAAUCCCUCCAGGAAAACAUUCACCCGUUCGGGUUUAAAUAUAGCCCGAGGUACGACAAAUGGUCGACUAUGUCACCCAUGAACGUCGAGCGUUGUCGCUUUUCGUUGAACGUGUUGGGGAAUAUGCUAUACGCGGUAGGCGGAGCCAGCGAGAUCGACGAAUACGGGACGAGUACUUGCGAAUGUUACGACCCGGUGCUGGACGCUUGGUACAUGGUGGCGUCGCUCCCGGCGCACAUCACCCAACAUGCUGGUGCUAGCUAUGAGUUUAAUAUGGACGCGAAGUUGUUUAUUAGCGGCGGGAUGGAUCGGGAUUCCAUCCAGUCGGCUAUGUUUUGUUACAGCGUGACCGAGGAUAAGUGGGUGCCGUGCGCACCUAUGCUGAGAGCGAGAGCUGAUCACGUGAUGUUGUCCAUCGGUGACUACUUGUACGUUUGUGGGGGCUGGACGGAGGGCCCGGAUAGUCGCUCCCGAAUUUUGGUGGAUACUAUAGAUGCUUAUGAUGUUAAGAAUGAUAGGUGGGAGGUGGUCACGAGGGUCCCGACGCCGCGGUACCACGCCGGGAUUGUUUGUGUUGAUCAUAAGAUUUUUUUUAUUGGGGGGUUUUAUAGUGAUGAUAUGUUUGAUAAGAGUACCGCGGCCAUAGAGUUUUAUGAUAUUACGACUGAGUGUUGGACUGCGGAGGAGAAGUACCCGCAGGAUAUUUGGGAGCAUACGUGUGCCUCGUUGUUUAUCCCGAAGUGGAGGGAUGAUAUGCAGGAUAUGCAGGUCAUUGCGAAGACGGAGAGUUAGGUCGAUUUGGUUUUUUAUUAUAUUUUUAUAACUGUGUUUGGAUUUUUGAAGAAUAUAUAUUUAUUUUGUAUUUUGAA